AGGGUGAGGACUAAACUAGCUUGUUUUCACAUUCAGAUAUCUGUCUUCUAUUCAUUAGCGUCAAAAGUAUUGAAAAGAAAGAGGAAAUAAAGAAAAAUAAACUUAUCUGCAUAUUAUUAUUUUUUUCCAGAUUAACCUCCUUCACAGGAGUCCAUUUCUUCUAUUUUCUUUAUGCAAUUUACUUGUCGUUCAUUUGUAGUUUAUUUUCAUUCAUUGUGUGCAGGAACUCAGCAAGUUGAAACCAAGCAUCAAUAAUGGAUAUCUCAGCAGCCUCAUGCUUCUCUGAAAUGGUAAUGGAUAAUUCAAUAUUUGAGGACCAAAUUGAUUUCCUGGACACGUUUGAUGAAGAACUGAAUGCUCUUCUUGGAGAAGAUUUAUCCCCAGGAAACAACUCUUCUUCUUCAUUGAAUCUGAUUCCAAGUUGCAGCUCAAUCUCAAGCUUGUGCACUUCCCCAGGCAUGGAGCCACCUCAAAUUUCCUUUGAACCACCGCCUAAACAGCAGAAGCCUAAUAAUUAUUAUGACUAUUGCAUGCCUAAUUUCGAAUCAGCUGCUUCUACUACUCCGAUCAUUCUCAAUUUCAGCAAUUCGAAUUCUCCUACAAGAAGUCCUCAGCAAUAUAACUUAAGUUCCUUGAAUCCAGAAGAAAAGGCAGCAGUUUCUGAAGCUUUGAGAAGCCCUGAAGAGGUUAUAAAAACCGCACAGACAACAAAGAAAAAUGGUCGUGUUAGGCCGCCAUCUCAAACCUAUGAUCACAUAAUUGCCGAAAGAAAGCGUCGGGAGCUGCUCAGCCAACGGUUUGUUGCUCUUUCAGCCUUAGUUCCGGGCCUCAAGAAGGUGGAUAAAACUUCUGUACUGGGAGAUGCCAUUAAGUAUGUGAAACACCUUCAAGAGCGUGUGAAGGCGUUUGAGGAACAAGCAGCAAAACAAACUGUGGAAUCUGUGGUGCUUGUUAAGAAAUCAAAGCUCUUAGUGGAAGAUGAUGGAUCUUCCGACGAGAAUAACAGCUCAGGGCUGCCGGAAAUCGAAGCUAAAGUUUGCAACAACCACAUUCUUCUGAGAAUCCACUGUGAGAAGCACAAAGGUAUUCUGUCAAAACUACUUGCUGAGGUAGAAAGGCUCCAUCUCUCAAUUGUCAAUGUGAAUGCCUCAUCCUUUGGAAGUUUUGCUCUUGAUAUUACCAUUAAUGCAGAGAUGGAGAAAGAAUCCAGCUUGUCGCUGAAAGAAGUUGUAAGGACUCUUCGUUUGGCUCUCCAACGUGCGGUAUAGACACAGAUUUCUCAUCCAGGCUUCAAUAAUAAUGCUAUGUAUUUUGAUUGGACCCACUGUAAUGUACAAGACACGAUCGAUGCACUGGCUGUGGAUCCCAUUGGCAUGCAGAUGAAUCAAAGGGCAUAUUUUUGAUAUGUGAAUCUUGAAUCGAAUCUAUUAUUGCUGUGGCAUUUAUGUUAAUAUUGUCUAGACCCAAUUUAGUGAACACAUCUGAUAUAUUCAGUCCA